AUGUUUGCGCGAACUUUCGUUGUCUUGUGCAGCGUCUUGCUAAAUACACAGGUCGAUGCCUUGCGCUACGAGGAAAAAUAUGUGGGAUACAAUCUGAAUACGAAUGAGACAGCGACAUCACCUGCUGAUUAUUGGGGGAAAUGGGAAGAUCAUGAAUUCGCCCAAUCACCCACGAAUUGGCGUGUGCCUUUCUAUUCCUUCUUUCUUGACAAAUUCGUCAAUGGAGAUCCAACAAAUGAUGAUAUUAAUGGAACCAAAUUCGAAACCGAUUAUAUGCAAACCCAAUUACGGCACGGGGGUGAUCUUCAGGGUCUCAUUGACAGUUUGGAUUACAUACAAGGAAUGGGAGUGAAAGGAAUUUACAUUGCCGGCAGUCCUAUGAUUAAUAUGCCCUGGGGUGCGGAUCAAUACUCUCCACUGGAUCUUAGUCUUCUCGAUCAACAUUUUGGGGAUAUCGACUUGUGGAGGAAAACCACUACUGCCAUCCACGACAGGGGAAUGUAUGUUAUUCUCGACAACACAAUGGGAACCAUGGGAGACUUGAUGGCUUUUAAGGGUUACGAGAACUCUUCGACUCCAUUCACUCUAGUCGAGCACGAAGUACUUUGGCGUGAUGAUAACCGCCAAUAUCUGGAUUUUGCCUUCAGUGAUAAGUAUAAUGAUACUUGUAACUAUCCAAGAUUCUGGCUUGAUACUGGAUUUACUGUCAAGGACGAUGUCACGGAUCUCAUGAAUGGGUGUUAUGAUUCUGAAUUCGAUCAGUAUGGUGAUACGGAAGCUUUUGGUGUUUUCCCUGAUUGGCAACGUCAAUUAUCGAAGUUCGCCUCUGUUCAGGAUCGUUUGAGAGAAUGGGUUCCAUCUGUGAGAACCAAAAUCGAGAUUUUCACUUGCAUGAUCAUCUUGCAGCUAGACAUCGAUGGACUGCGUGUGGACAAAGCAACACAAAUUACGGUCGAUGCAUUAGGAAGUUUCAGUCAUUCUGUUCGGGAGUGCGCAAGAAGUGUCAACAAAACCAAUUUCAUGGUUACCGGUGAAAUUACGGGUGGUAAUACUUUUGGAAGUAUUUACCUUGGGCGUGGACGUCAACCCGAUAUGUUACCGGCUUCCAUGGCCGAUGCUGUCAAAAUGACCUCCAAUUCCAGUUUAGCAUACUUCAUCCGUGAUCAUGACCAAAAUGCGCUUGACUCUGCUGCUUUUCACUACAGUAUUUACCGUUCACUCACUAGAUUCUUGGGAAUGGACGGAAACCUGGAAAGUGGUUACGAUACACCAACGAACUGGGUCAAUGCCUGGAACGAAAUGCUUAGAACGAACGAUCUUAUCAACCCAAACACUGGAGUAUUCGAUCCCAGACACAUGUAUGGGGUCAGCAAUCAAGAUGUUUUCAGGUGGCCAGCUAUCAAGAAUGGCACGCAGAAACAACUUUUGGGACUCUUCAUUACUACUAUUCACAUGCCUGGUAUACCUUUACUUUUGUGGGGUGAAGAGCAAGCAUUCUAUCUCUUGGACAACACAGCCGACAAUUAUCUCUUCGGUCGACAAGCCAUGUCUCCUUCUCAAGCAUGGCAAACUCAUGGAUGUUAUACUCUUGGUAGUGGUACCUUCUAUCAAUUCCCCAAUGAUUCUUGCACCCAAGGCUGUCAUGAUGAUUGGAACAGUCAUGAUCACAGAGAUCCAUCCCACCCAGUACGAAAUAUCAUCAAGGCAAUGUACCAGAUGCGAGAAAAUUACCCAGUCUUGAAUGAUGGAUGGUUCUUGCAACAACUUUCCAACCAGACAUUCGAUAUUAUAUUACCAGGUAGUAACGGUACCGCUACCGAAACUGGAAUGUGGAGUACUCUUCGAAGUCAAUUUGAUGGUAUUCAGGAUUUGUCUGAGGCUGGUGGCCAAGCAAACCAGUCUGUUUGGAUGGUUUACCACAACAAUUAUGAUACCAUAACGUAUGAUUUUGAUUGCGCUAACAAUAACUCUAUUGUUGCUCCUUUUCUUGGUGGUGUAACAGUUAAAAACUUGUUCUAUCCGUAUGAAGAGGUUACUUUGAAAACAGGGUUUGCCAGCUUGAAAAUUGCAAAUGAAACCGGCUACAAUGGCUGCCUCGACAGUCUCACCCUUGCCCCAUACGAAUUUAAGGCAUAUGUCCCAAAGAAGAACUGGGUUGGACCUUCUCCUAUGAUUACCUCCUUUUUCCCAGGACACGAUGCAAGACUUCCCUCAACAGUUUCUCCUGGACAACAAGAAACCAUCGAGAUUGAAAUUGGUUUCAGUGAUGAAAUGAAAUGUUCCGAUAUUCUUUCGGGCAUGGUAAUUUCUUCGACAACAGAGGAUGGAAAGGUUGCAACAUUAGCAAAUGCUACCGGCGAAUACUCUUGUACUCUGCUUUCGAGCCCGGUUAAUGUCACCGAUUACGUCGGAUCGAUUCCAACUCUCUGGACUUUCAAGGGAAAUCUCACAAAUGUGUCUAACGGUGUACAUUCACUUACUCUCAAGAAUGUCCCCAACAACUCUGGUAAUUCUACAACUGGAGCAACAGAUACAUUCUUGAUUCGCGUGGGACAAGUUGAUAACCCGAUUGUUUUCCCUGGUUCCGCGAAUUUUACUCGAGAAUUACUUCACAAGCAGGACAAUGGUACAUUGUAUGUCAGCCAUAAAGCUGCUGGAGCGGAUCUGUUUAAAUACUCUUUGAACUGGGGAAGUUCAUGGUCCGAAUGGUUGCCAUACGUUGGUGGGAAUACAACACUUGAAGCACAGGCUUGGACUGGUACAAAUAAACAAAAAUGGGAUGGAGAGCACGUCAUCAUGCAAUACUGGACUAAACUUACUGGCAGCAGUGAUUAUGUUCAACAUGCUGACUUGGCGACUAAUCCAUAUUCGCGACGUCUUCCGCACUUAUUCGCCAAUGGCCCAUACAAUCAAUAUGGAUACGAUACUGGUCUUGAUAAUGGCUUUGUUUUAAACAAGGAAAAUAGUCUCUGGGAAUACAAAUUCAUGACUGAAUGGCCAGCUGUAAUGCAAGUCAAUGUUUGGGGUAUGAAUCCUGAUGGUCAACCUGAUGAAACUAUCGUUAUGGGAGAUAUUGACGGUGAUAAUAUCCUCGAUCGCAUGCCGCCAUCAUCGCUUUCCACCGCACUCAUCAACAUCACCAGAGUGCCACCAAAACCAUAUCUUGGAUACAAAAUUGCAAUCGACGAUGGAACAUACAGAUAUUAUCAAAUUCCUUACGGAAAUCGUUCAUACCAAAUGUUGAUGGUAUUCCUUUUCUGGAUUGUCCCCGUCCUUAGUGGUGGCUUAAGUAUCUGGCUCUUCAUGAAGUCUUUCUAUGCUGUCAAACUCAACAGUAUUGGUGUCAAGGAGUCGAAAAACUUUAUUCCACUGGCUCUUCGAAGAAAGUUGAAGAGAGAUAAGAAAGAGGACCAUUCCGAGAAAGAACUGACGGUUAUGGGAGGCUUACAGUCCAUGUUUCACGAAAACGCCACACAACUUGGACUUCAGGCUGAUGUUGGAGCCACCGGACGUCGAACUGUGCUUAUUGCUACCAUGGAAUACGAUAUUGAAGAUUGGGCUAUCAAGAUUAAGAUUGGAGGUCUUGGUGUUAUGGCACAAUUGAUGGGAAAGAAUCUGGGUCAUCAAGAUCUUAUCUGGGUCGUCCCUUGUGUUGGUGGAAUCGACUAUCCUAUUGAUCACCAAGCUGAACCUAUGGAUGUAACAAUUCUCGGAAAUUCCUACACUGUUCAAGUCCAGUACCAUACUUUACGCAACAUCACCUAUGUUCUUCUCGAUGCACCAGUCUUCAGAGCACAAUCGAAGUCUGAGCCAUACCCAGCUCGUAUGGAUGAUUUAGACUCGGCCGUUUACUACAGUGCUUGGAAUCAAUGUAUCGCUCUUACUAUCAAGCGUUUCCCUAUCGAUUUGUAUCACAUCAACGAUUACCACGGAGCCGUUGCACCAGUCCAUCUCCUUCCGGAAACAAUUCCAUGUUGUUUAUCCCUUCACAACGCCGAGUUCCAAGGCCUAUGGCCAAUGCGUAAUCAGAAGGAGAGAUCCGAAGUUUGUCAAGUCUACAACAUUCCAGAAGAAGUCGCCAUCAAGUAUGUUCAAUUCGGAGAUGUAUUCAAUUUACUCCACGCCGGAAGUUCUUACCUUCGCAUUCACCAAAAAGGUUUCGGUGCCGUUGGUGUCAGUAAGAAAUACGGAAAACGUUCUUGGGCAAGGUAUCCCAUCUUCUGGGGAUUGAGCAAAAUCGGAAACCUUCCUAAUCCUGAUCCUUCUGAUACUGGAGACUGGAGUGGUACCCAAGAUUCAAUGGUCAACACAACUGUCAACCAGGACUUUGAGAGCCAAAGAGGUGAGCUCAAGAGACAAGCUCAAGAAUGGGCUGGUCUUGAUCAAAAUCCUAAAGCUGAACUCUUGGUCUUUGUUGGUAGGUGGUCGAUGCAAAAGGGUAUUGAUCUUAUUGCUGAUGUCAUGCCUGCUGUUUUGGAGGAGAACCCAAAUGUCCAGCUCAUCUGCGUUGGUCCUGUUAUUGAUCUUUAUGGAAAAUUUGCUGCUCUCAAACUGGAUGUUAUGAUGACAAAGUACAAGGGUCGUGUUUUCAGUAAACCGGAAUUCACUGCCCUUCCACCUUUUAUUUUCUCGGGAGCUGAAUUCGCCUUAAUUCCAUCUAGAGAUGAGCCUUUCGGUCUUGUCGCUGUCGAGUUUGGUAGAAAAGGAGCUUUGGGUAUUGGUGCCCGUGUUGGUGGUCUUGGUCAAAUGCCAGGUUGGUGGUUCACUGUCGAGUCUACUACGACAACCCAUAUGCUUCAUCAAUUCAAACAAGCUAUCAAGGAAGCUUUGGCCUCAAAACUGGACACUCGACAAAUUAUGAGAGCACGAUCCGCCAAACAACGUUUCCCAGUCGCUCAAUGGGUCAAUGAUCUCGAGACAUUGCAAAGUAAAGCGAUCAAGACCCACGAUAAGGAAGAAGCAAAACAUGCUGGUAGACCAAGAUCUAGAGGAAGAGAUGGAGGAAAUCUUUUCUACUCUUCCGCCAAGAGACUGUCAAGUUUCGGUAGUAUGGCUAGUACUUCACAGCUUGAUGUUGCUAGUACCAUUGGUUCCAUAAGACCAUCCUCGCCAACUCGAAUUGAAAAGCCAGCUGCCGGGGGAGGACUCAACCGAAGUCUUUCCUUGGGAUACCGAGCUGGUCCAGGACAUCGCGUGAUGAAGAAACAAGUGAACGAUAGCAAUGUAUCACUCCAAGCAGGAGAUGUGGGUAAAAUCGACGAAGGACUGACUGAUGUAGAAGAAGAUUCUGAUGAUGAGGAUGCCCGAGUUCGUGACGACAUAUACGAUGAAUACGUACUCACACCCGAAGAAUUAGAAGCCCAGAGACAACAAGAGAGAGGACGAUCUGAAAGUCCCGCUGGCGGCGCAUUCCUCGCACCAACACCAGGAUUUUUGGAUUCUCCACGACGAAGUCCAAGCGGUAAUACUGGCAGUUUACACAUUAGCGAUUCCGAGUAUUCCUUGCCACGUCAAAGGGAUGGCUCAAACAUUUAUUCCACUCACUCAAUGCCUACUUCACCAGGCUUAGAGUCACCCGGCACACCAGGAGCGCAUGAAUCUUUACUUCCGCCUCCUUCGAUCUUCGGAGCAGGUGGCGAAAAUAAUGCAAACAGAGCUUCCAUGCUGAGUUUAAGUUCAGUCAUUGGAGACAAGACAGAUUUUAAACUUCAAAAGGUCGAUCCAUUCUUCACUGAUACUCAAGGAGAAUACUACCAACAGUUUGCCAAGAAUCUUGACGGUCUGGAUGGAAAAAAUAGUGAAGGACAAUUGUGUAUCGAGGAAUAUCUUAUCAAAUCCGAAAAGAAAUGGUUCGAUCGAUUCCGUGAUGCACGAUUAGGAAGAGGUUCAGUCGCACCUUCGUUUUCUGCGCUAGGCAGUGGACGAAGGUCUCACGACAGUCGCGGGCGAUCCAACAGUCGUGAUAGCUUCACCAACGAUACCAUUGUUCACUCGAGGCAAAACUCCAGCCAAGAUAAUAUAGCACUCACCGGUGGAUCUUCCAAUGAUCAAUUCUUACUCGGCAAAGAUUACAAACCACCUACAGGUCUCCGUCUAGUCAUGCAAUAUCGUUUCUUCGAUUGGCCAGUCUACUCGUUUUUGCUCGCCUUUGGUCAAAUCGUCGCAGCUAAUUCCUAUCAAAUCACACUUCUUACUGGUACCGUUGGUCAAACUGCAGAGAAACUUUACAUUACGGCAACCAUCUAUCUCGUUACCUCGAUUAUGUGGUGGGAGGUUUUCUCCUUCUUCAAAUCAAUCUACGUCCUCAGUAUUCCUUUCAUCUUCUACGGACUGGCCUUUUUCCUCCUCGGUUGUGCUCCUUUUGUUGACAGCGCCGAUGGCAAAGGCUGGGUUCAGAAUGUGGCUACUGGUUUGUAUGCUGUUGCCGCAUCUUCCGGUAGCAUAUUCUUUGCCUUGAAUUUUGGAGAUGAAGGAGGAUCCCCAGUAAAAGCAUGGGUCUUCCGCGCCUGUAUCAUUCAAGGAACACAACAAGCUUACGUGGUCGUCCUCUGGUUUUGGGGAGAUUAUCUCAAUAAACGACAAGCCGAUGGUCUCGGAGCUUCUUUCACAAGCGCGAGUCCCAAGAUGUCUGCAGUCGUGAUCCCGAUUGCUGUACUCAUGUGGGUUGUUGGUGCUGCCGUCUUCUUUGGGUUGCCAGAAUAUUAUCGACAAGCACCUGGAAAAGUUCCCUCUUUCUACGCCUCCCUCUUCAGACGUAAAAUCGUCAUGUGGUUCUUUGCCACGGUUCUCAUCCAGAACUUCUUCCUGUCGACGCUCUACGGUCGUAAUUGGCUUUACCUCUUCUCCUCAGCGAUCGCCCCUACAUGGUCCAUCGUACUUCUCAUCAUAUUCUUCUUCGGAUUCUUAUGGGCAGCCUUCCUCUGGUUCUUCGCAGUGUUAAGUAAAGAUCAUAGUUGGAUUCUACCUAUCUUUGCAAUUGGUCUCGGAGCCCCUAGAUGGUGUCAAAUGCUUUGGUCUUGCAGUCCUAUGGGUCAAUAUGUACCAUGGGUUGGUGGGGGUCUUGCUAGCGCCUUGUUCUCACGAUCUUUGUGGCUUUGGCUCGGUAUGCUUGAUGCGCUUCAAGGUGUUGGAUUCGGAAUGAUCUUGCUUCAAACUCUCACUCGUGUCCAUAUUGCUUUCACUCUCAUCGCCGCUCAGGUUUUGGGAUCAAUAGCUACCAUUGUAGCCAGAGCUUGUGCACCGAAUAAUAUUGGACCAGGGCCCGUGUUCCCAGAUUUCAGUGACGGAGCGGCUGGUUUGGGCAAUGCCUGGUUUUGGAUUGGAUUGAUUUUCCAACUUAUCAUUUGUGGUGGAUUUUUUACUUUCUUCAGAAAGGAGCAACUUAGCAAACCUUAG